AUGACACGAGAAGUGGUCUGUGCAGUUCUUCCGGCAUCGGAGAGCAUAGCGUCGUCACUAUUGGUCGACACGGCUCGAAAAUCAAGCCAGGUCCGGCUAUACACUCGAAGCCGGCGAGACGUGUGGCUUGCUAUCGUCGUACACUCACUGAGUCCACCUGCCUGUCCUUCCAUCAUCGUCUGUCCCCGCACUUCCCUUCCUCCUCACAUCCCAACACUUUCACGAUCCAAAAUGGCUCCCACCGCUGCCAACCCCAAAGACUGCCCCGAGUAUGAUCCCAAGAACAUGAUCUUCCGACGUCUCGGGCCGUCGGGUCUGCGCGUGUCGCUCUUCUCGCUCGGCGGCUGGCUCACCUACGGCGGCACCGUAAACGCCGACGAGACCAAGCAGAUCGUCAAGCUCGCCUUCGAACACGGCAUCAACACGUUCGACACCGCCGAGGUGUACUCUGCCGGACAGUGCGAGGUCGACAUGGGCAAAGCCGUUCGAGAGCUCAACCUGCGACGCUCCGAUCUCGUCCUCAUCACCAAGGUGUUCUUCGGUACCGGUGGAAAGGACCCCAACGCACGCGGGCUGAGCAGGAAGCACAUCAUCGAAGCGGCUAAUGCUUCGUUGGAGCGUUCGGGUCUGUCGUACUGGGAUGUCAUCAUGGCUCACCGCCCCGAUCCGACGGUUCCGAUGGAGGAGAUCGUUCGCGGUUUCAACCGCCUGAUCGAAAGCGACAAGUGCUUCUACUGGGGCACCUCCGAGUGGUCCGCCCAGCAGAUCGAGGAGGCUCAUUCCGUCGCCAACAGGCUCAACUUGAUCCCUCCCAUCGCCGAUCAGUGCCAGUACAACAUGUUCCACCGUGAACGUCCCGAGAAGGAGUAUGAUCCGCUCUUCAAGCAGCAUUCCUAUGGUAUGACGAUUUGGAGUCCGCUGGCAUCGGGUACGUUGACGGGCAAAUAUAAUGACGGCAUCCCUAGCGGCUCACGUUUUGACACGAAUAAGGGUGUCUUCGACAACACCAUCAAAGAGCUCCAGUCUCCCGAGGGUAAAGCCAAGAUCGAGAAGGUCAAGAAGCUUACCGAGAUCGCCGAGAAGUUGGGCGCCAAGGUGGCCAAUCUGGCUCUCGCUUGGUGUGCCAAGAACCCCAGCGUGUCGACGGUCAUUCUGGGAGCCUCCAAGCCGGAACAGAUCAUCGAGAACCUGAAAUCGUUGGACUUGAUCGAGAGGCUCACGCCCGAAAUCAUGUCGCAGAUCGACGAGGUGUUGGGCAACAAGCCUACGCUGCCUCCUCUGUACGGAAGAACCAUCUCGAGCUCAAGCAGCAAGGUUUCGAGCGGACAGCCAGCCGAGGAGGGCAAGGAAUCGAUCGAGCGCAUCACCUCUCCCCAGAGGACCGUAGGUCAUCCUUACACUCGCACAAAGACGCCUAGCAAUGUCAGCUCGCUAUCCAAUCCUGCGUCGCCCACAAAUGCAAGCGGCUGGCCGAUGGGGCUGGGGAUCACACCGGUUUCGCCGCCUCCUCGAUCUAGGACCGGCUCUCGCGACGAUCUGGGCUCGAGGCCGCUUUCCCGUCUUUCGCAGCGAGCAUCGUCCAUGUCGAUCAGCUGCGGUCUGCCUGCCGUCCUUGACAGCACAGCCGUCAGCUCGGUUCUCGAAGCAAAGCCCUCGGCAGACAAGUCGACCCUGGCUGAUGAGCCCAUGUUGACAUCUCCCAUCACCUCGCCUAUCAUGGGCGCUACCUCUGUGUCCAGGGACGUCGAACGCACUCCCACCAAAACCAACGGCGGAGUGCGACACAGCAUCCACCGUACCGCCUCCAACCUCUCUGCGCGCUCACUCGGUCAGGAUGACGAUCAAGAACCGCGCUCCACUCCCACCAUCGGUGCCGCCUCUCCGCGACCUCAAGACACCACGCAGUGUCUCACACUCUCGCCCACCUCGCCUUCUCAACAGCGAAGCACCGCCUGCUCGGCCGCGGUCUCGGCUCAACUCGCUUCCACUCUCGCCUCUCCCCCUGAGCCCGUCAUGGACGACGAGUUGAAACUCAGCCCACGUCAAGCUUCAUCGUCGGCAUCGGUCACGCCUUCACCUUGUCUCUCGGAAUCGCAGUCUCGCAGUCCCACCGCCAGCCCCUCACCCUGUCCUUCGCCUGCAUUCUCCCGUCCCGACCACCUCGAAUUGCCCGAGACCAGCAGGAACAGUUCGCAUCCACUUCCACCUCUGCCCUCGUCACCCAUCCCGCGCAACAUGACGAGGAACCCCUUCGAGAGGUACCUCAGCAUCCAGAGUGGCACGCAUGGAUGCACGUUGCAGCAGAGGUUGGGGAUGGCCAUCAAACAGCAGCAGGGGACCGUGUUGGGUCGCAUGGAGUCCGAGUUGGUGGACCAAGAGGGUGGUAUGGACAUCGAGUGA